AGACAAUUUUUUGUGCUUUAGUAUUUGUCUUGAUUGUUGGAGUGACAAGUUGAUUUUACUCAUUAGUGAUUUUUUAAUUGUAAUCAAAAUGGUUGCAAGUAAAUCAAUCGCCGUAAUUGGUGCCGGUGCCAGUGGAUUAACAGCAAUUAAACAGUGUGUUGAAAAUGGAUUAAGUGUAACAUGUUUUGAGAAGACUGAUUAUUUUGGUGGAUUGUGGCGAUACCAUGAGGACGAUGUCGACGAUGUGGCCUCCGUCACGAAGACAACGAUAAUCAACACCUCGAAAGAGCUAUCGGCUUUCUCGGAUUUCCCACCGCCGGACGAUUUCCCAAAUUUCAUGCACAAUCGGCUGAUGUUGAAAUAUUUUGAACUUUAUGCUGAGAAAUUUAAUCUCAAUGAUUAUAUUAAAUAUAAUCAUGAAGUGGUUUCAAUUUGUUUGGCAAAUGAUCAUGAACAAACUGGUCGAUGGCUGGUCAAGUAUAAAGAUGACCAGGGUGAUCAGAAGGAAGAUAUUUUUGAUGGUGUUAUGGUUUGUACUGGUCAUCAUGCUACAACUUAUGAACCCAAAUUUCCUGGUCAAGAAAAGUUCAAAGGUAAAAUAAUUCAUAGCCAUUCAUUUAAAAACGCUGAAAAAUAUUUGGAUCAAAAAGUUGUCGUCAUUGGGGUUGGUAAUUCUGGCCUUGAUAUCGCUACUGAAUUGGGACGAAUCGCCUCUCAGGUUUACCUUUCAACUCGACGAGGUACUUGGGUCGUAAAUAGAACCUUUAUCAAAGGUCUUCCAUAUGAUUUUUGCGUCAAUUCGAGGGUCAUAAAUAUAAUCGCCGCUUUUGCCGGUCGACCCUUGAACUACAUGAUGGAAACUUUGGCAGAAUUUUAUUUCGACCAUGAAGCUUAUGGACUUAAACCCGCUCAUCGUUUUAAUGGUCAACACCCUGCAGUCCAAGAUGAAUUAGCUAAUUCAAUAAUGUCCGGUAGAAUUAAAGUUCGAAAAAAUAUCAAAACUUUCACUGAGAACGGGGUCAUUUUUGAAGGUUCUGAUGAAGAGGUCGAAUGUGACACCGUUAUAAUGGCCACAGGAUAUAAAAUUGGUUUCCCGUUUAUUGAUCCAUCGAUUGUUGAUAUUGUGGACAAUCGAGUCGAACUGUUCAAAAAUGUAUUCAAUCCUCGACUAAAUCAUCCACACACUCUGGCGUUCAUUGGAUUGAUUCAACCACUUGGAGCAAUUUUCCCGAUCUCCGAAAUGCAGAGUCGCUGGUUCGCUGGACUAAUGACCGGUCAAUGUAAAUUACCAUCAAAGGAUAAAAUGUUAUCAACAAUUAAAAGUGACAACGAUGCUCGAGAUUCACUUUUCUAUCAAAGUCUUCGAAAUACUAUUGAAGUUCAUUGGAUACCUUAUAUGGAUGAAAUCGCUUCUUUUAUCGGUGUUAAGCCAAAUUUAACUAAAUUAGCGUUUACCGAUCCAUCGCUUUGGUACAAUUGUCUAUUCAAACCUUGUGCUUCUUAUCAAUAUCGUCUAAAUGGUCCAAAUUCGUGGACCGGAGCUCGACAAGCGAUCAUCGAUCUAGACAAACGCUUAUAUGCACCAUUGAGUUUAACCCAAAGUUCUGACAAGAACAUUUUCUCUGAGAAGAACAAGAAUGAAAUGUUCUACAAAUAACAACAGAACAAAUUCGAUCUUUAAUUGUUAUUAAAAACUUUUUGUUCUUUUUCACAUCUCAGAACCUUUUGAAUAUAUCGAAGAUUAAACGAAGAGAGAAACAAAAAUUUAAUAAAUAAUUUUCAACAAAAA